AUGAACCACCAUCACCACUUGAACCACUUGAACCACCAUCAGCAUCAGCAUCCUCCGGGCCGUAGCCCGGCUCUGGCGAUUCGUAGUCACCAGCUGAUAGAUAUCGAACGGAUUCCCCCCCACCAGCAACAUCCUCGGCAUCAACAGCAUCCUCUUCACCACAACGGACUCCAGAGUGGCCAGCAUCAGCAUCAGCAAGUUAAUCCCACAAACUACCACAGCCAGCUGUUCGGACACACUACCCAAAUUUUAACUCUCUCUAAUUUAUCCGGUCACCGUACUAUUACCAACAUUCAGACCCAAAAUCAGAAUCAGCCUCAAUUGCCGAAUAAUAAUUUUACUACCCAUAAUUCUGCUACGGCUAAUUUACCCGACGUUAAUAGUUCAAGAAAUACCCCGUCGCCGCAGAAAUCAGCACGAGCGCCAUCUCCAAGGCCGUCUUUGAACUUCCGCCGGCAGAAAACCUAUGAAGAGGAAAGGAUUGAUAAGAUAGUUGAAGAAACAGCCGCUUAUUAUUCUUACCCAGUUUAUCAGCCAAUGGAAGAAGAGUAUGUGCCAUCUAGAAUCGUUCCUAAGAAGCUAAAGGAAGAAAAGAGCAUGGACUUUGAAGUUCUGACCUUAGAAGAGAUAAAACGCCGCAAGAGGGCUAUUUUGGAGGCUAACAAUGUUGGUAACUCAGAUUGCGAUUCUCUAGAUGACGAAUCGACUUUACCAAGCAUCGGUAAUGUAGAUUUAAUCUUAUCUGAUGAGAAAUUACCAACUGAGUCCAGAAAAAGGAAGAUUUCCGAAGAUCAGCCUUUUAAACCCAUUAAAUUAAAGCGCGCUGGGUCUGGAGCUAAUUCUACUGUCGAUAAAGAAGAUCAUGGACCAGGUGAUGCUGCAAAGGGCAUCCAAUUGAGGCUCUGCGACAGCACUUCUGAUGGUAAAGAAGAAAACGACAAGAAGGAAGAGGAAAUAAGCUUAGAUGAUACCCUAGAUGACGUUGGUGAUACUGCAGAGGCUGUUGAUGAUAUUAUGGACGAUAUUCAUCAGCUACUAGGCGAAACGUGAUACUUACUAAAUUAACCCCUUUAAUUUUGGAUCAAAUAA